AUGGCUCAAUACGGGAAAGCCGAGUACUGGGAGGAGCGCUACACACGAGAUCCGGAACCUUUUGACUGGUACCAGCGGUGGGCCGGUCUCAAGGACACUUUCGCCGAGUAUGUGCAGCCCUCCCACAGCAUUUUGAUGCUCGGCUGUGGCAACUCGAGGCUCAGUGAGGAGAUGUAUGAGGAAGGCUUCCACAGUAUCACCAACAUUGACCUGUGCCUGACGGUCACCAAAGCCAUGCAGGAGAAAUAUCGUGACAAGCCCGGCAUGACAUACAAGCAGAUGGACGGACGAUCGAUGGAACUCCCGGAUGCAAACUUCAACGUUGUCAUCGACAAGGCCUGCUUGGAUUCCAUUCUUUGUGGCGAAGGAUCUACGCACAAUGCUCAAAAGCUGCUGACAGAGGUGUCUCGGAUCUUGCAACCGAACGGGGUCUACAUUGCCGUCUCCCACGGCCAGCCAUCGUACAGACUGACCUACUUGCAGCGCCCGGAGUUCGGCUGGAACGUAAAGACUUACACGGUGCAGAAGCCGAUGAUGGGUAUGACGGCCUCCCUGUCGGCAGAUGACAAAGACAGCGUCCACUACAUCUACGUCUGCGUGAAGGGCGAAGUGGCCAAG